AUGGCUCUAAAACGUUUUCAUGCGUUGGAGAGGAAAUUAGAGCAAAACACCCAACUAAAAGGUCAGUAUAGUCAGUUCUUGCAAGAUAUCGCUCAACUUUUUGAUCCUCUAGGACUUCUCGGGCCAGUCAUUGUUAAGGCUAAAAUCAUUAUGCAACAGCUAUGGAAGCUUAACUCAGGAUGGGACGAAUCGGUCCCACAAUCGUUCCAUAGUGCGUGGGAAAACUAUAGAUCUCAGCUGCCGGUACUGAAUAACUUCAAAAUAGCACGAAAAAUGAUCGCCGAUUCUUCUUCAAAGAUUAUGCUUCACGGAUUCUGCGAUGCCAGCGAAGGUGCAUAUGGCGCUUGCAUUUAUCUGAGAUCGACAAACUGCAGUGACCUCCAUACGGUGCGACUCGUGUGCUCAAAAUCGCGAGUAGCUCCUCUAAAAUCGGUUUUGCUUCCAAGACUGGAAUUAUGUGCGGCUGUAUUGUUAUCCAAACUCUACCAAGCUACCACGACUGCUUUAAUGAUCAAGUUUGAUAGCGUGAGAUUCUGGUCAGAUUCGACCAUAGCAUUGUAUUGGAUUCAUAUGUCGCCGCAUCAGUUAAAGACUUUCAUUACUAACCGGGUCGCAGAAAUACAAUCCAACACCGAA